GUUUUCAUUCAUUUGCUUUGCUGUUCGGUUGUGAUUUUGGCGUUCUGCUACACACGUACAGUUCAGCCAACGAAGGCAGGAGUAUCGUGUGAUUUUUUCGGCGCUUUAUAUGUGUGUGCCGUAUUGCAAAUUUAUUUUUAGCUUUAGAAGUGAGUUUUUGGCACUGGCAAAAGUAGUGAUUUGGCUUCUUCCGAUUGUGUCGGCAAAUAGUUUGCGGCUGCACUGAAUUCGCAAUCGAAAGUGUUGAAAGCAGAUGCUGUGUGUUGAUAUUUACUAGAAUAAAGCUAGCAGCAAGAUUUGCAGAGUAGUCCGUGGCGAUAGUGGAUGUUUAACGUGCAGUCAAAUGCCGUAAGAAUCUAUUCAUAGUGAAAAGAAACGGCAGGCAGAAAAUCAUCCGAUUUGUGUUUGCCACAUAAACAUACUUUUGUCUUGUGCGAUUUCUCCUCGCUUGGACGUUCACUCGGUUUAAGUGCGGUUACGAACAGUAAACUCUCACCGAGCAAAUAAAAAAAGAGGAGAGAGUGAAUUCGUUUAUUUGACAGAUCUUGGUUGUUUACCAUCACUAGAUUCCGGUUGAUAAGCGAGUGUUAAAUUCUAGAACCGUGAAUGCCUUCUAGCCAAGGUUACCACAAAGUAGCGUCCGAGCCGGUCGACCCGGAGCCACUUUUGAACGAAUCGCGUGUCGCGUCGGGAGCCGAAGACACAAUGUCAUCGCAGCAACAACAGCAGACCGUAACCGGGAACCCGUCCGGGAAGAUGCCGGUCACACACUCCCAGCAGCGCCUAAUGCCGGUAGAUUCCGACAGUGUUUCGUCAUCGCUUGACGAAGCAGAUCCGGACGCGCCGCCGGGUCACCGGCAUCCCGCCGCACGCCUCCCGGGCAACGACGAUAGCACCUUAGCAAUAACGACAACCAGCGGCGUUAGCAGGAGUGCCUGGUUCACGGUGGCGGUGCUGUGCUUUGUAAAUCUUAUUAAUUAUAUGGAUCGGUUCACGAUUGCCGGCGUUCUGACAGACAUCCAGCUGCACUUCAACAUCGGUGAUGACGAGGGUGGCCUGCUGCAGACGGCUUUCGUGCUGUCGUACAUGAUCUGUGCGCCCGUCUUCGGCUAUUUGGGCGAUCGGCAUUCGCGCAAAUGGAUCAUGGCGCUCGGUGUGUUCCUGUGGAGUACUACGACCCUGCUGGGGUCCUUUAUGCACCACUUCGGGUGGUUCAUUACCUUCCGGGCUCUGGUCGGUAUCGGGGAGGCAUCGUACAGUACGAUCGCGCCGACGAUCAUCUCCGAUCUGUUUGUGGGUGAUAUGCGUUCCAAGAUGCUGGCGCUGUUCUAUUUCGCCAUUCCAGUGGGGUCCGGCUUUGGGUACAUCGUCGGUUCGGAAAUGGCGAAAGCGUUCGGUUCCUGGGAGUGGGCCCUGCGAGUAACUCCCGCACUCGGCAUCGUAGCCGUCAUUCUUAUCGCGAUGCUGCAGGAUCCGGAGCGUGGCCAGAGCGAAGGAACGCACCACAUGGAGGCAACCUCGUACCGAGAGGACAUCAAAGCGGUGUGCAGGAAUCCAUCCUUCAUGCUGUCGACCGCCGGUUUCACCUGCGUUGCAUUCGUUGCCGGAGCCUUAGCCUGGUGGGGACCGAAGUUCAUCUAUCUCGGGUUGGUGUCCCAGCCUGGAAACGAAAACAUCACACUUAACGACGUUUCGUUCGUGUUCGGUGCUAUCACGAUGACCACCGGUAUUAUCGGUGUUCCGCUUGGAUCCUACCUUUCGCAACGCUUCAAUCGCAAAUAUCCGCGGGCGGAUCCGUACAUUUGUGCGUUCGGGUUGAUCGUAAGUGCACCGCUGCUGGCCAGCGCGAUGGUCUUCGUCAGCGCGGAUGCAACGCUAGCGUACGUUCUAAUAUUUUUCGGUGAGCUAGCGCUGAAUCUCAAUUGGGCAAUUGUGGCGGAUAUUUUACUGUAUGUUGUCGUGCCGACACGGCGAUCCACAGCGGAAGCCUUCCAGAUCCUGAUCUCCCAUGCGUUCGGUGAUGCUGGCAGUCCGUAUUUUGUAGGAGUGAUCUCCGAAGCCUUCAAGCGGUUGCUACGACUAUCGGCAACUGGUCUAUCCACGAUAUUUCCAAACGAUCUAGCCAGCUAUUCGCAGCUGGCAGAGAAUGCCACCCUCACUACCUUAGCACCCGAAACGGAAGCUUUCCUGCCCAGCCGGAUCGAGGGAAACACCCCGGCGAACGAGUUCCGUGCCCUGCAGUAUGCGCUGUUUUCCACCAGCUUCGUGGAAAUCAUCGGAGGAGUGUUCUUCCUGCUGACGGCGAUGUACAUUCUGCGGGAUCGCCGAAACGUGGAACGUGCAGUCGCAGAAAACCGAACCGCAAACUCAGCGAAUCGUUUGGAAAAUUCCACCUCCAGUUCCUCCGUUUCGGAAUAAUAGCGUAGUAGCACCACCCGCAGCAAUAGUAAAUAAGCCGUUAAAACUACCACUAAUGAAUCGUAGGGGCAAGUAGUUAUUAAGUCGAAUGGCUCCAAUAAGUGUAACCUUCAGGACCGGGAAAAACAGCGUGUAAAUAUGACCGAAUUAAGCAGCUCAACAUAUACCACAACCGGAUUCAAGGAGCCGAAUGUUACUAUUAAGCAUAGUAGAAGACUGCUUUCACAAACUACGUUUGUCAGACCAAGGUAUUGGUAAAAAAAAAUUAACAGACAAUCUACGAGUAGUAGUACAUGAUCAGUAGCAAUUCCAGUUGACUACAUUGCCAUCUCCACUCGGAUGGGUUUAGGAUCAAACAUCAGCCAGUUAACUGCAUUUUGGCACAAAUACCAAAAUAAUAACAAAAUAACAAUUAUUUUGUAUACCAGAAUUCUCUUCUGUUAAAACCACUAACCCAACAGAGCCCAGUCAUUGUUUCUACAGAUUCAGGUCUGGAGGGCUAUUCGAUUGAUAGCGUUAACGAUUUCCUAUGGGCCACGAGAAUUACGAGUGUGCUAAAAAAUUUGUAAAUACAUUCGAUUUCGAGUUCGUAUUACAAAAACAAAAAUCACAAUAAGUUGCAAAACUUAUUCGAAGGAUGAGAUUCAGACAACAUUUCUGGAACUGAUUUAGUCGAACUUUAGAAUGAAACAAAAAUUCGUAGAAAUUAACAUGUAAUGUAAGGUGCACCCGCAUGGACUGAUUGCUUAGGUUCACUGAGAAAAAAAUAGUAGCUGAUAGAUUAGUUUUCAAAUUGAAGAUACUUUUCGUUUCGAUUUUUCCAAUUCAAAUUAAACGGAUGUGUACAGGUAUGUUGUCUGAUGUGAUUUGCUAAUCGUGGAAUUUUAUUCGCAAAAUGUUAUCACAAUGGACGGCGUCCGAAGCUGUCGUGUGAAAGCAUUCGAUAAUAGUAAAGGCAAAUAUCAUAGGAACAUUGUGCAUGUACAUUCAUAGAGUAGGUAGUUCAACAAUUUUGUUUGACUAAGAGAUUUCUCAUCCAAAAGAAACCGAAAAAAACAUCACUUAAAAAUGGUUUUCACAAUACACAUUAAAAUAUGUUACAUCAAUGAAAACAUCAAUGAAAACAAUAUUUUUGACUCUGAUUUUCCCUUUAAAAAUUUAUAUCAGUUAGCCCACAGUGAGCUUCAAAAUUAUCUCCUCUCGAAUUAUUGUUUAGUAUUUAUUUCUUUUCUACAACUACCCAAAACUAAGAGUCGCCUUACACAACUCACGCUUCGUAUUCUCUGUUAAUCUUUCAAUGUAGCAACUCCAACUUUAUUAUUAUUGUAAUCACUGUUAUUGUUUCUUUUUAUUGGGAUUUUAUGCAAGGGUGCAACAAAAUAUGAAGAGUCAUAUAUUCGUUAACUUAGCGAUAGAUAUUUAUUGAUCACUUACACUGUAGUUUAGCUAGCCUAGAAGAGAGAGAGAAAGUGAAAGAGAGAGCAAGAGAUGCGCGUUCGAGUGAGUAAAACAGUGGAGUAUCAGACCGUUGGUUGUUUUGUGAACAAACAAUUCAACGCAAAAACUAUCGCAAAAAAAUACAGCAAUAAUAAUAAUUUUAUAUAGUA